AUCGGGUGGGCCGGGGCCACUCGGAGCCGCUCGGCAUUGGCUACCCAGCAGGCAGCGCGGCCUAGCGCGGGAACGGCGCAGGGUCGGAGCAGAGGGGAUGGGAAUCCACGGCUUGGCCAAGCUGAUCGCCGAUGUGGCGCCCAGCGCCAUCCGGGAGAACGACAUCAAGUCGUACUUCGGGCGGAAGGUGGCCAUCGAUGCCUCCAUGAGCAUCUACCAGUUCCUGAUAGCUGUGCGGCAGGGCGCCGAGGUGCUGCAGAACGAGGAGGGCGAGACCACCAGCCACCUAAUGGGCAUGUUCUACCGCACCAUCCGCAUGGUGGAGAACGGCAUCAAGCCUGUCUAUGUGUUCGAUGGCAAACCACCACAGCUCAAGUCCGGGGAGUUGGCCAGGAGGACGGAACGCCGCUCUGAGGCCGAGAAGCACCUGCAGGAGGCUCAGGAGGCGGGUGAGGAGACCAACAUUGAGAAGUUCAGCAAGAGGUUGGUGAAAGUGACCCAGCAGCACACCGACGAGUGCAAGAAGCUGUUGAUGUUGAUGGGCAUCCCCUAUGUGGAGGCGCCAGGGGAGGCGGAAGCCAGCUGUGCUACACUGGUGAAGGCAGGGAAGGUGUAUGCGGCCGCCACAGAGGACAUGGAUUGCCUGACCUUUGGGAGCCCUGUGCUGAUGCGGCACCUCACUGCCAGUGAGACAAAGAAGCUGCCCAUCCAAGAGUUCCACCUGAACCGGAUCCUGCAGGACCUGGGGCUGACCUGGGAACAAUUUGUGGAUCUGUGCAUCCUCCUGGGCUGUGACUACUGUGAGAGCAUUCGCGGCAUUGGGCCGAAGCGGGCGGUUGAGCUCAUUAAGCAGCACAAAACCAUCGAGGAGAUCAUCCAGCACAUUGACACCAAGAAGUACCCCUUGCCUGAGAACUGGUUGCAUAAAGAGGCCCAGAAGCUCUUCCUAGAGCCUGACGUCGUCAACCCUGAUGACGUUGAGCUGAAGUGGACAGAGCCAAAUGAGGAGGAGCUCGUGCAGUUCAUGUGUGGGGAGAAGCAGUUCAAUGAGGAGCGCAUCCGCAACGGGGUCAAGAGGCUGAGUAAGAGCCGCCAGGGCAGCACGCAGGGCCGGCUGGAUGACUUCUUCAAGGUGACGGGCUCCAUCACGUCGGCCAAACGCAAGGAGCCUGAAACCAAGGGGUCAGCAAAGAAGAAAGCCAAGACCAACAGUGCCACAGCCAAGUUCAAAAAGGGGAAAUAACUGGACUGGCCAAGCACAAGCCUCUGUUGUUAGUUUUCAUGCUCAGCUGAGAACUUUAGGCUAAUAAUAAAUAGUCAUCUUAA